GUAUUCAGCCACCCUUGUAUUGUUAUAUAUAGUACUGACAGUUGGCUAAUCGCAAACACGUCGUCGCUCCAAAAGAACUGAAACCGCAAACCAGCAACAUAUGCGUGCACUUGAAGAGAGCGGGUACAUAAUCCAGAAGAAGGAAAACUGAGUACAAAUGAACACUAACAACAAGCCGAUAAGUGAAAUAAGUGAAUGUAUUAAACAGCGAUUACAAUAAUCUAUAUAUAUGUACAUAUCAAUGUACUAAGUAAUCAUCGAUCGCUAUCGCCAGUCGUUGUUGGGGUAUAAAACCGUAACGUCUCUCUGCUGGCACAUCAAUACGCGCAGACUAUCAAUCAACGCAUCAUAAAGAAAGGAAGCAGUGCUAGCUCCCGACUCGUAAACCGUUCUAAAUUGUCAGCGGCAACAGAAAGCGCUUUUUUCUUUAGCUGAACAACAGUGUUUGUUGGUCUUUAACGCGGUUGCGCGCGUGUUUAUGUGCGUAUUAUUAGUGAUCGCAAAUUUUUUAUAGAAAAAAAAGCGUGAUUAGGGAUAAAAAUGUCGGAAGAAAAAGUAGAAAGUGCACAAAAGCGGCAAAAUCAAAACCAAAAUCAAACUAGUACACACCAAAAUGGUGCUGCAAUGCAAAAAGUUACGUCGCAAACGUCUAACAGCGCUUACGAACUCGACUACCUCCGGGAACGUUUACAGCACUUGCAAGAUAAUGUACUUAAGGAUUUCAGAAAGUGUAUAAACGAAGAAAUCGAAGUUGUUGUGCAGGAGUUGCGUCAACACGAACUCCAACUAAACGAAUUCAGAGGCUUCGCCAACUCACAAAACACGAACACAUGGAGUAAUCGUAUUGCAGUGACGGAUGACACCCAAACAGCCAAUGGCAAUGUACCUACUGAAAGAUGCGAAGAAAUCAAUUCCAAAAGAACGGACAACAAAUUAUCAGGCGAGCAUAAAAAGCAACCUCGACCGCUGCCCCACAAAGUGUUCAUAAUGCGCGAAUCGUAUCUCACGGCAUUACUGGAAGUCGACCACAUGCGCACCAUUUAUCACAUAUUUGUCGCGAUAUUGGUGAUGCUACUCAUACAAAGCAUUUCGUAUGAUUAUUUGGCCGAGGGAAGAGUGUACUUCGGUUUGGGCACCUUUAAAUCGUCACUGGUGAAAAUUGAAUAUGUACUUGCCAUUUGGUUAUUGGAACAUGCUGUCGUAUUUCUGCUCUAUUACGCCUUCAAAAUGUGGACUAAUGUGCGUGUCAAAUUGGCUAGGCAACCGGCGCUCCAAAGUUUCUGGUCACAUUCCUGCCUAAUAACAUACAUCAGCUCACAGCUACUGUUCGGUUAUGUAGCUUCGGUACUUUGCCUUAAGUUGGAUUUAACAUUUAUAACCGCCUCCGUUUUGCUGCUCGAGUCCACGAGAUUGCUAAUGAAGAUGCAUGCCUUUGUGCGUACGAAUGCUGGACGCGUGCUCGCCGGCAAACUGAAAACAGAUGCGAUAACAAGUGAUGUAGAUGACGUAAAUAAUGCACAGCAGUUGUCACAAGCCAUACUCCUGCCAAGCUUUAAUUCCUACUUAUACUUCCUCUUCGCACCGACACUUCUCUAUCGCGAUAGCUAUCCGCGCACAACGCACAUCCGUUGGAAAUUCGCCUUGGCGCGUUUAAUGGAAGUGAUUGCAGUAGCAUUCCUUUACAGUUAUAUAUUUGAACGUUACAUUAAGGUACAGUACGGAAAUAUUGGACUUGAGGAAUUGAGUCUACGCACUUUCGUCAUUAAACUACACAGCAUGGUUAUGCCCAACAAUAUCAUCUUUUUAUGCGGUUUCUAUCUUGUUUUACAUUCUUGGUUGAAUUUCACCGCGGAAUUGUUACGCUUCGGCGAUCGCAUGUUCUAUAGGGAUUGGUGGACAUCAUCAACAUAUGAUGCGUACUUCCGUAAUUGGAAUGUUGUGGUGCAUGAUUGGCUUUAUGAGUAUAUCUAUAAGGAAUCUUAUAAUCACCUGUUUAAGGGCUCAAAGUUACCGGCAUCGUUAAUGGUUUUCUAUACGUCGGCAUUGGUGCACGAACACAUAAUCGGAUUUGCGUUAAGACUAUUCUUUCCAGUGUUGUUUUGUUUCUUUGGCGGAUUUGCUGUGCUUUUGGUAUUUCUAUUCCGUAACGCGUCCAAGAGAGUUGGUAACUUCGUGGUAUGGUUCACGUUAAUCUUCGGCAAUGGCUUAUUAUUUUCCUUAUAUAGUAUAGAAUAUUAUGCGCGCCAAAAUUGUCCAAGAACUUAUGAUAGCUGGACGGACUACUUUGUGCCCACAGUGUGGACUUGCUACAACAAAUAAUAGCACGAUAAGUCGAAUAAAUUUUGUAUGUAUGUACAUACAAGUAUAUAGCUUUAGAGGUUAUAGUAAAGGAUAAGACUAAUUUUCUAAUUAAUAAGUUGUAUCUUUGUAUAUAAGCACCUAGAUAUUGAUACAAUGAAGUUUCUUCAACAGUCUUCUAUAAAAAAGAAAAAAAACAGAUUUGCCGUGUUGUUUUUACUAAGCAGAAGCUUCAUAGAUUUCAUGGAACAACAGUUGUAAUGUAUUUAAAAAUUGUAGUGAUGUAAGAAUUAUUGUGUACAAAAUUUAUACCAAUUUUGUAUAAACCAAAUCUUAAUAAAGAUACAUAGUAUAUUCUUAACAAACAAAAAAUUGGGU